CAAUGUAUCCAUGUACGGAUAGUUCGGAUCGAAUAUUAUUUUCGAGUCUGAGCCAGUGCAGAACGUUGUGCAACUCUGUCGAGACCCAGCUUCGUUUUACAUCCGAAUCGAUUGUGCGCAGUGCGCAAAUGAUUUUGUUUUCGACCAGUGAAGCGUUCACGAUCGAAUUUUGGGUGUAUGUGGAAAAUUUAAGUUCAAGUUCCAGUGGUGAACAACUUUUGCUGCUUUAUGGUUCACAGGAUGGAAGUUUAAGCAUUUCUCUAAACAAGUAUCUGCUGAUAUCACGCUGCCAAAACCAGCUUCGUGUUCCCCACGGAAUUUCACUUCAGGCCUGGACUCAUCUAUCGGUUGUAUUCAGUGGAAGCACUGAGGUGACUGUCUUGCUGAACGGAGUCGAAAUCGCUACUGGCCGCCUUAGCAAGGAAAACUGCAAUAUUCCGACAUAUGCCUAUCUUCAACUCGGACGAGACACCAUGAACAUUCGACCGGAGACCAGUGUCUUACAAGGUGCAAUGGAUGAGAUUCGCAUUUGGAGAACAGCACGCGAGUCGGUGGACGUGUAUGCUUCGUACCAGAAGAAUGUCGAUCACUUUGAUUUGCUCCUUGUCUUUCAUUUCAAUUCUGCACACAAGACGAACUGGUACUCGUCUGGAGCUGCAGGGAUCGCAAAUAACGUUGACUUCAUUGUGCAAAAUGUGCGUGCAAUCAACUCUCGACAAAUUCACAAUUAUGGAAUUAGUGGGGACGGAAAAUGCUUCUACACGCUGUCCGAGUUCACCAUCGACGACGACUUAGACGCCGACAUUUGCGAUAAAUAUUGUGACGAUGGAAGUGGGAGAACGUGCGGAUCAAACGCAACCGGUGAUGUGUCGAGCGCUUAUGGAAACGGUCCCAUUGGUGUUGGUGGACUCUCUUCGCUUACAGAUUAUGAAAUAUCCGUUGAGUUUGAGACUGACGAGGGCAACGGGUAUGAGAUCGCAAAGACGCUAAUCGCUCGUACAUCGAAUGUGACAGUGCCCGGAAAAGUGGAGUAUGUCAAUGUUGCGGAGCUCUCUGAUCAGCAACUAGAAAUCUAUUGGAGCCCAGUGAAUGAUGAUGGAGGGUCUGAAAUUUUGAAGCAGCAAACACACAAGGUGUGGGGCCUCCGAGCAAUUCACUCACCUUAG